AAAAUAAAUAGUAAUUUAAAUCAAAUAAAUCAAAUUGUAUCCCAUACUACUGUAAAGCAAACGAUUACUUAUUAAAUUAGUGUCGCAAAAUCAUGCUAAAUUAGUAAGUACAUUUCCCAAUUUUCAGUUAGAAACUUUGACAUACAUUUGAUUUGAGUAGAAUCGGUAGAAACUUCGGCAACAGGCGACGGUGCAACAGCAAUGUGGUCAGCUUUACGCGGCGGAGCCCUAUCAUCUUCGCAUUCCGCUAUUUCUCACCGGUGGAGAAACCUAGCCUCAUCUACUCCAAUUUUCAGCCGUAAUUUUUCUUCAUCAGCCCUCACCAGCGUCGAGAAGAACAACGAGCUGCUUAGCUUGGCGGAAGUUGAGAAAAUACUCCAAGACGUCAGAGCGGAUGACGUCACAGUUAUUCCGGCUCCAAAAGGCUCUGAAUUCGCCGAUUACAUGGUCAUCGCCACCGGUCGGUCUCCGUGGCACGUCCGCAAUAUCUCCCAAGCCCUAAUCUACCAGGUUAAGCAAAAGCAGCGAGGAGCAAAGAGGAUCUUGCUGCCUAGUGUGGUAGGGCAAGAGGGAGGGAAGUGGAUUGUUAUUGACUCUGGUAAGCUGAUUGUUCAUGCUGUUGAUGAGAAAGCAAGAGCUUAUUACAACUUUGAGGGGCUCUGGACUGCAAAACCAUCAAACAUAGAGGACAAUCAGGAUUUGGACAAGGCCAUUGUCAAGGUUCGCCCCAAGAAUAACUCCAAGAAACGUCCGCAAGUGCAUGCAUAGAUAAGUGUUGUACUUUCGGGACAGAUGGUGCCAGUUUUCGUAUCUCUUACCGCACACAACACGGAUAUCUAGUGGAUAUGAUAGAAUGAAUCAUAAAUCUCAGGUUCAGUUUGAUGCAUUAUACACAUCCUUCAUUUGCUUUCUUCAAUUUUCAACAUUGUACUAUCAAGCAAAGUAAACAAGGGUUAAGUGUUUAUUUUCGCUAGUGGCUGCGAAAUGCAACUUGUACAGUCAGCUCAUUUGAGAACAUGAUGUAUGUGAAGACCAUAAGAUUUAGAGUAGGUUGUGUGUGUGCGAGUUUCUUUUUUCCUUCUCUUUUACAAUAGAUAAUGCAUCAGUAGUCUAAUUCUUCAAGAACUUAUUUUUAAUACAAUUUUUCUGUUUGGUUUA